CUAACCCCUCUUUUUCUGUUUGGAUGCCGAGAAAAUUUUCUAGAAAAUUUCCCGGAAAAUUUUCUCGCCUCGUUAGGAUUGCGAAAGAAGACUGCAAAAAAAUCAAUGCAGCGUUUUGAAUUGCAGUUUCUUUGUCUGUGCGUGUGUUUCUCUGAGCUGACAAACUGAUAGUGAAUUCAAAUUUCAAUCGCUGGAAGCAAUUCUCUUAGUCCUAGUUCUUUAAUGGAGAGUUCUGAUGAGGAAAAUGAUGGAGUCUCUGGGAACCAUGUACCUAAGGAACUGAGUCGUUUAGCAUCUAAUGGUGUGAAAUUUGUUGAUGAAGUACUUAAUGGUCAAAAUGAACUUUGUCUGGAGAAUUUCCGCAUGGAUAAACUUGUUUUUUACAAGUUGUGUGAUAUCCUGCAAGCCAAGGGCUUAUUACAUCAUACAAAUCGAAUCAAAAUUGAGGAGCAACUGGCCAUAUUUAUGUUCAUUAUUGGACAUAAUCUGCGGACAAGGGCCGUUCAAGAGUUAUUCCGUUAUUCUGGAGAAACUAUUAGCCGUCACUUCAACAAUGUUUUGAAUGCAAUAAUGUCUAUUUCGCUGGACUUCUUUCAGCCUCCUGGCUAUGAUGUUCCUUCAGAAAUCUUUGAAGAUCCUAGAUUCUAUCCAUAUUUUAAAGAUUGUGUGGGAGCAGUUGAUGGUAUACAUGUACCAGUGACAGUUGGUGUAGAUGAACAAGGACCUUUCCGCAAUAAGUACGGUUUACUUUCACAGAAUAUUCUGGCAGCUUGCUCAUUUGACCUCAAGUUCCAUUAUGUUUUGGCUGGCUGGGAAGGUUCUGCUACAGAUUUACAAGUUCUUAAUUCAGCAAUCACAAGGAGGAAUAGAUUGCAGGUCCCUAAAGGUAAAUACUACCUCGUAGACAACAAGUAUCCAAAUGUGCCAGGUUUCAUUGCUCCAUAUUCUAGUACUCCCUAUCACUCCAAGGAAUUUCCCAGUGGUUACCAUCCACAGGAUGCAAGUGAACUGUUCAAUCAACGGCACUCAUUAUUGCGAAAUGUCACCGAUCGAACUUUUGAGGCUUUGAAGGCACGAUUUCCUAUAUUGAUGUCUGCUCCUCCAUACCCAUUACAAACGCAGGUGAAGUUAGUGGUGGCAGCUUGUGCAUUACACAAUUACAUUCGCAGUGAGAAACCAGAUGAUUGGCUUUUCAAGAUGUAUGAAGAGGAGGCGAAAUUUCCAAUGGAGGAAUCACUACCCCCAUUAGAGGUGGAAGUACAACCAAAUUCAGAUGUUGAGGCCCAAACCGAAUCACUGGAUCUUUCUUUUGAUACUGAAGAAAUUGCGUUUGAUUCUCAGUUAAGGGACUCCAUUGCAACUGAAAUCUGGAAUGAUUUUAUCCAUGAUCUGCCCCCCAUGUAAAUUUCUUUAAUCAGGUUAUAUGCUCAGGCUUGAAGUUUCAAGUUUCCUCAGGAUCUUGAGGCCCAUGAUGUUGAGGCCCAAACCGAAUCACUGGAUCUUUCUUUUGAUACUGAAGAAAUUGCGUUUGAUUCUCAGUUAAGGGACUCCAUUGCAACUGAAAUCUGGAAUGAUUUUAUCCAUGAUCUGCCCCCCAUGUAAAUUUCUUUAAUCAGGUUAUAUGCUCAGGCUUGAAGUUUCAAGUUUCCUCAGGAUCUACAGGAUAUAGGAGAUUAUG